AUGGAGUGCGCCCUCCUGCUCGCGUGCGCCCUCUCGGCCGCGGGGUCCCGCUCGCGGUGGGGUCCCGCAGGGCUGGGACGCUGGGCCAAGGCGUUCCAGCUGUGCUGCUUCUGCUGUGCAUCGGUCGCCAUGGCCAUAGACAUUGAGAAUAGUGAUGGCAACGGAUUAAAUGACGAUUACGUCUUUGUCACACCAGUGGAAGUGGACUCGGGCGGGUCGUAUAUUUCACACGACAUUUUGCACAACGGCAGGAAAAAGCGAUCGGCGCAGAGUGCCAGGAGCUCCCUGCACUACCGAUUUUCAGCAUUUGGACAGGAACUACACUUAGAACUUAAACCCUCCGCGAUUUUGAGCAGUCACUUUAUGGUCCAGGUACUUGGGAAAGACGGUGCUUCUGAGACUCGGGAACCCACAGUGCGACGAUGUUUCUAUCAGGGAUUUAUCAGAAAUGACAGCUUCUCCUCUGUUGCUGUGUCUACGUGUGCUGGCUUGUCAGGUCUAAUAAGGACACGAAAAAAUGAAUUCCUCAUCUCACCGUUACCUCAGCUGCUGGCCGAGGCACACAACUACAGCUCCCCUGCGGGUCACCAUCCUCAUGUACUGUACAAAAGGACAGCAGAGAAGAAGGCCCAGGGGUACCAUGGCUCCCCUGGCUCCCACUGGACUUACCCUGGUCACUCCCCAAGUCACACACCCCCUGCGUCCCAGAGUCGAGAGACAGAGUACCACCAUCGAAGGUGGCAAAAGCAGCAUUUUUGUGGACGACGCAAGAAAUAUUUCCCCAAGCCUCCCACAGAGGACACCUAUCUAAGAUUUGAUGAAUAUGGGAACUCAGGACGGCCCAGGAGAUCAGCUGGAAAGACACAAAAGGGCCUAAACGUGGAAACCCUGGUGGUGGCAGACAGGAAGAUGGUGGAAAAGCAUGGCAAGGGGAAUGUCACCACAUAUAUUCUCACAGUCAUGAACAUGGUUUCUAGCUUAUUUAAAGAUGGGACCAUUGGGAGUGACAUAAACAUUGUUGUGGUCAGCCUCAUUCUUUUGGAACAAGAACCUGGAGGACUACUGAUCAACCAUCAUGCAGACCAGUCUCUGAAUAGCUUCUGUCAGUGGCAGUCUGCUCUUGUUGGGAAGAAUGGCAAGAGGCAUGACCAUGCCAUUCUGCUUACGGGGUUUGACAUCUGUUCCUGGAAGAAUGAACCAUGUGACACUCUAGGGUUUGCCCCUAUCAGCGGAAUGUGUAGUAAGUACCGAAGUUGUACCAUCAAUGAAGACACGGGACUUGGCCUGGCUUUCACCAUCGCUCAUGAGUCAGGGCACAACUUCGGCAUGAUUCAUGAUGGUGAAGGGAACCCCUGCAGGAAGGCUGAAGGCAAUAUCAUGUCUCCCACACUGACUGGGAACAAUGGGGUCUUCUCAUGGUCUUCAUGCAGUCGACAAUAUCUCAAGAAAUUCCUUAGCACACCUCAGGCUGGAUGUCUAGUGGAUGAGCCCAAGCAAACAGGGCAGUAUAAAUAUCCAGACAAGCUACCAGGACAGAUUUAUGAUGCCGACACACAGUGCAAGUGGCAGUUUGGAGCAAAAGCCAAGUUAUGCAGCCUUGGCUUUGUGAAGGACAUUUGCAAAUCACUUUGGUGCCACCGAGUGGGUCACAGGUGUGAGACCAAAUUUAUGCCUGCAGCAGAAGGGACCGUUUGUGGCUUGAGCAUGUGGUGUCGACAAGGCCAGUGUGUAAAAUUUGGGGAGCUUGGACCCCGGCCUAUACAUGGCCAGUGGUCUGCCUGGUCAAAGUGGUCAGAAUGUUCCCGGACUUGUGGUGGAGGCGUCAAGUAUCAGGAGAGACACUGCAAUAAUCCCAAGCCUCAGUAUGGUGGCAAGUUUUGUCCUGGGUCUGGCCGUAUUUAUAAGCUAUGCAACAUCAACCCUUGUAAUGAAAACAGCCUGGAUUUUCGAGCCCAGCAGUGUGCAGAAUAUAACAGCAAACCUUUCCGUGGAUGGUUCUACCAGUGGAAGCCCUACAUGAAGGUGGAAGAGGAAGAUCGAUGUAAACUGUACUGCAAGGCUGAGAACUUUGAUUUUUUUUUCGCCAUGUCCGGCAAGGUGAAAGAUGGGACUCCUUGCUCCUCACACAAAAACGACGUUUGUAUCAAUGGGAUUUGUGAACCAGUGGGAUGUGAUCAUGAACUUGGCUCUAAAGCAGUUUCAGAUGCGUGUGGAGUUUGCAAAGGUGAUAAUUCGACUUAAUUUUACAAAGGCCUGUACCGCAACCAACAUAAAGCAAAUGAAUAUCAUCCAGUGGUCAUCAUUCCUGUUGGGGCCAGAAAUAUUGAAAUCCAAGAGCUGCAGAUGUCCUCCAGUUAUCUUGCCGUUCGAAGCCUCAGUCAAAAGUAUUACCUCACUGGGGGCUGGAGCAUUGACUGGCCUGGGAACUUCCCUUUUGCUGGGACCACGUUCGAGUACCAACGCUCAUUUAACCGCCCGGAACGUCUGUACGCACCAGGACCCACGAACGAGACACUGGUCUUCGAAAUUCUGAUGCAAGGCAAAAAUCCAGGGAUAGCUUGGAAGUAUGCACUUCCCAAAGUCAUGAAUGGAACUCAGCCAGCCACAAAAAGACACCACCAUGCCUGGACCACAGUGCAGUCGGACUGCUCCGUCUCCUGUGGUGGAGGUUACAUAAGCAUAAAGGCCAUUUGCUUACGAGACCAAAACACUCAAGUCAAUUCUUCAUUCUGCAACCUAAGAACCAAGCCAACAACGGAACCCAAAACAUGCAAUGCUUUCUCCUGCCCAGCUUACUGGAUGCCAGGUGAAUGGAGCGUGUGCAGCAAGUCGUGUGCUGGGGGCCAGCAGAGCCGAAAGAUCCAGUGUGUGCAGAAGAAGCCCUUCCAAAAGGAAGGGGCAGUGGUGCAUUCCCUCUGCCCAGUGAGCACACCCACUCAGGUUCAAGUGUGCAACAGCCAUCCCUGUCCUCCAGAGUGGAGUCUUGGGCCCUGGUCACAGUGUUCCAAGACAUGUGGACGAGGAGUGAGGAGGCGUGAGCUCCUGUGCAAAAACUCUGCUGCAGAGACGCUCCCUGAGAGCCUGUGCACCAGCAGCCUCAGACCUGAGGUUCAAGAAGGAUGUGUGCUAGGACGAUGUCCCAAAAACAACAGGCUAGAGUGGGUCGCCUCUUCGUGGAGCGAGUGUUCUACAACCUGUGGUUUGGGUGUGAGGAAGAGAGGCAUGAAAUGCAGUGAGAAGACCUUGCAGGGAAAACUGGUAACUUUCCCAGAACGAAGAUGCCGCAAUAUUAAGAAACCAAACCUGAACUUGGAAGAAACUUGCAACCUAAGGGCUUGUCCAGUGUCCAACAUGGCAGCUGGAUGGUAUUCAUCACCAUGGCAACAGUGCACAGUCACCUGUGGGGGAGGGGUCCAGACACGAUCCGUCCAUUGUGUCCAGCAAGGCCGGCCUUCCUCCAGUUGUCUGCUCCAUCAGAAGCCUCCAGUACUCCGAGCCUGUAACACAAACUUUUGUCCAGCUCCUGAAAAGAGAGAGGAUCCAUCCUGUGUAGAUUUCUUCAGCUGGUGUCACCUGGUUCCUCAGCAUGGUGUCUGCAAUCACAAAUUUUAUGGUAAACAGUGCUGCAAGUCAUGUACAAGGAAGAGCUGACCUUGACAGCCUCCUCCCCUGCUUAGGACAAGGGGCUGACCUUUCAAUCUCUAGGGAGACCAGCCACCUUU